AUGAUAAUAUGGUUAACAAUUUAUGAUAGACUACUUGUUCUGUUCCUCUGCGGAUUCACCGGAAAAGAAGCUGGAAUCACACUCCUUGAAAGAGUUGGUGUUGGAAUAUUUCUAUCUAUAAUAAAUAUGCUUGUAUCUGCUGUAGUUGAGAUACAAAUAAGACGCUUAGCUUUGUCUAAUCCAAUUGGGAUUCUACCGAGAAAAGGCGCGAUUUCGGCGAUGUUAGGAUAUUGGUUGGUUCCGCAGUUAAUAUUAGCUAGAGUAUCUGAAGCUUUUACUGUUGUUGGGCUAACUGAGUUUUACUAUAAACAGUUUCUUGAGAAUAUGAAAACUAUUGUAGCAUCACUUUUCUUUUGUGGCAUGGCAGGAUCAAGUUAUUUGAGUGCUUUUCUGGUUUCUGUUGUUCAUAAAACAACCUCCAAAUCUGCAACAGGAAAUUGGUUGUCAAAAGAUCUUAAUAAGGGGAGAUUGGAAUAUUUUUAUUUCUUGAUUGCUGCAAUAGAAGUCUUCAAGUUUGGGUACUUUUUGAUAUGUUCCAAAUGGUUCAAGUAUAGAGAAACUAGUACUAGUAGCAUUGGUAAUGCAUGA